CUCACCCUGAAGUUUCUAAACUCGCAAGUGACUGCAACUACUCCCGUCCCGACGUGAUAUUCUCACUCUCAUCAAUUGUCCCGUACUCUUACGGACCUUGCCCUCUUCGAGGGAAAAACGCUGAGUGGCCAUUGGGAAUCUUGACUGCUAGCACUAAAACUACGGUUCCAUGCAGCCGUUACCUCCUUCCUUCAAGGCUCUCUACCGUCUGAUAUUACGCGCGACAUCCGCGUCGGUUCUUCACAAAACCAGUGCACGAAAGAACGUUGUCAAGCUAUGGAGACCUACUUUCGACAAUGCAGCGCAGUUUAUCCGCGUUCUGGAGUCCAGGCAACCAAGCUCUGCUGUAUGCCAAAGGCAUAAAGCACCUUUGGACAUCUGGCAAAGGCGAAUGGAUAACACUUUGACGUUUCUACUGUCGUCUGCGCAAUCUCGUAGUCUUCCUCAUAAAGUUAUCAGGAAUGCCAAUAUUCUGAGUGGCACGCAUCGCGUUUGGGUUCGAGAAAACUAUUAUAGGGGUAUCAAACAAUGGAACCCUCAACGACCACCAACCGCCUGUGAAUACGACCCAAGGUCUCUUCUUCCCAAAGAUAGGCGGGCGAUGAACCUCCGGGCCAAAACCAGGGAAGGAAAGAAAGUUAAUGAACUGUGCUGGAAUGCCCUUGGCGAAGUCGUACGGAUGGCAGAGGCCAGACAUGAUUUGUCGUUGGGCAGGCACCGCGUGAAAGCAUGGGUGUUCGAACGCUAACAACUUUGGCGGUGGAAUCGGUCCGAUCUGUACAAUUCAAGAACAAUUAACUGUAUGUUGUUGUGAUUCCUCUCAAUAAUUGCCCGCCGCAACUAACGCAAUGUGGACGAUGGCGUCAGGCAUCAAUGGAAGGAUAAAGUUUACAUUGCUACCCCUACUUCUACUUCAUGGUGACAAUAGUUUCAAGUGCCGAUCAAACUUUCUCACUAGACAGUCACCAUCCCCUCAUGACGUCCCGUCCUCGUUGCGAGUGAGUACUUAGCAUCCUGUUAUUGUUUUCGAAACAAAUGGAUGUCACGUGAUGCUACAUGCUUUCCCGUGCUGCCUGGGCAACAAUAAGUUGGAUAAGACGUUAUCAACGUCA